ACCACGAGUAUCAUUUAAAAACAACUCUCGUUCGCUUGAUGUUCUACCGGUUCGAAGACAAGAUGAUGAGAAUAACAAUCGUCGUUCUCCUGUGUCUGACAUUGGCGGUGAAUUGCCAAGUUGCAAAGAAGCAGAAACCGCGAAAGAAAUUUUUAAGUUGUAAUGCCAACAAUAUAAAGAAAGCAAAGUGCGCUUUUGGCAAAAAUGGUAACGGAUGUAUUCCAAAAGUCAGAAAAAUCAAUUAUGAUCAAUAUGAUGUCAAACCAACAUGGUUUAAAAUUACUUGGGACGCAGUUGCUUCGGCAAAAUGUUAUUACCUGGAACUUUUCACUGGUUCGACUGGCAUCGUGUACAAGACAAGAUCAUGCAUCAAGGGAAAUACUUAUAAGAUGACUGGACUAGAACCUUGGACAGUCUACGAAGUUCAACUUAGUGUAGUCAAUAGGGCUUGUAAAAGAGGCAGACCGAGUCCGCCAGUCAGAAUAAAGACUUACUGGGCACCAACGGAACCCACAACGAGAGCGCCAAGACCAACUUACUCACCAACGGCAGGAAGAUGUGGGGCGGGAUAUUUCACAUGCCGUUCCAAAAAGAAGCAGUGCAUCCCAAGCAAAAAAUGGUGCGACAGGAAAAUCCAAUGCGACGAUGGUAGCGACGAAAGAAGAUGCCCUGGUGGAUGCCCUGAAUUAGAUUUGAAGUUCAAAAAUGGAAACUUCUCCUGUUCAAGAUGGGGAUCUCCUGGAAGUUACUGUUUCUUUGAUUGUGAUCCUUUUUACGUUAGAGAUGGAAAACGAUACACCUCCUGCAGCAGACAAAGUAAAAGAUGGACAAACCCCAUCCCAACGUGCAGAUUGAAGUACACACGGAUUCUCAAAGUUCUUCCGGAAGAAACAACAUCUACAAGCGUAACACUACAAUGGGAGCCAGUCGGUGAAGCGAUACAAUAUUCAUUCCAAGCUAUAGAGCAAUUGUCAAUAGACCAUACUGAUAUGGAAUUUGUGAAAACUGAAAUUGUAAAUGCUACCGAAUGCUGUAAAACUACGAUCACUGGCUUGAAGCCUGGUGUGGAAUACCGGGCAUCUAUGUGGGCGAUGGACAGAGACGGCGAAAGAGGAAUGGAGUCGUUGCCAGUAUACUUUAAAUCUGUGGCACCACCCACGAUCCAUAUCAAGUCCGGAUGAAAAAAAUUUAAAAGGAUUUUUGUUCUUAGAUUUCGAGAAUAAGCUGCUUAUUUAACUUUGUGUCUGAAUGCUUUGCUUGGCAGCUUUUAUUUAAACUUUUAAUAUUGUUGCAUUCUGAUCAUGUUUAAAUUUUUAUCAAAUUUUCAGAGUUUCUGAGAUUAAAAAUAUAUUUGUUUAUUUGUAUCAGAUCGUAAUGAAAUAUAAAUAAAAGUUUGUCCACUGGAA